AGUGCCCGGGAGUACGUGACAGCUCUCAGGUCUACAAUGAACGCCGGCGAGCGGCGGGGGAAGAGGGAGGACCAGCGAGACUACCCCAAAAAUAGGAGGAAAAAAGAAGAGCGGUUUGCAUCGCAUUUACUGUCAUUUCAGGACGCCCCCGCCCUCCUCUCGUGCCCCGUUCCACCCGCCUUCUGCUCUGACCAUAGCAGUCCGCAGCGGGGGCUCGCGCUAAGUCCUCCUAGGCAUGCCCUUCGUGACUUAAGGGAAUUAACCACAAGACAGGUGGAAAGCAGGAGCACUGGCUUCUUUUUCUGAACACAUUUGGCAGCCUUUCAAGACAGACCCAAUUUUGCCAUAUAAAAAAUACCAAAGAAAGACCUACCAAUGAAGUGUGAAAAUUGCACCAAAAAGGAAUGUAGUAAAAAACAGAAGAAUGAUGAUCCACAAAAUACACCAGCUGAUGUUCUCAAUUCAAAUGAUGAAAAUGAAGAGAAAAGUGAAUUCCACAAGUUGGCUGAUGCUAAAAUAUUCCUUAGUGACUGCCUAGCUUGUGACAGUUGCAUUACAGCAGAGGAAGCAGUCAGAGUUUUCCAGCAGAAUCAGAAUGAGCUCUUCCGUGUACUGAACCUUAAUAAGAAGUGUGAUACCUCAAAACACAAAGUAUUGGCAGUGUCUAUAUGUCCUCAGUCCUUGCCUUAUUUUGCUGCUAAAUUCAAUCUCUCGGUAACAGAAGCAGCUAGGAGACUUUGUGGUUUCCUCAAAAGUCUUGGAGUGCAUUAUGUCUUUGACACCACAAUAGCUGCCGAUUUUAGUCUUCUGGAGAGCCAGAAAGAAUUUGUGCAACGGUACCGCCAGCAGAACCAGGAGGAACGCGCCUUGCCAAUGUUUUCUUCUGCCUGUCCAGGUUGGAUCCAGUAUGCAGAGAGAGUCCUGCCCAGCAUGGUAAUUCCACAUAUUUGCACUGCAAAGUCACCACAGCAGAUCAUGGGUUCCCUUGUGAAGGGUUAUUUUGCCAGACAGCAGAAUCUAUCCCCUGAUAAAAUUUUCCAUAUCAUUGUGGCCCCUUGUUAUGACAAAAAGUUAGAGGCAUUACGAGAAGACUUUUAUACCCACUUGUAUAACUCUCAAGAUGUAGAUUGUGUUUUAACAUCAGGUGAAGUCUUCCAAAUGAUGGAGCAAAGAAAAAUAUCAUUGAAAGAAAUAAGUGAGGUGUCCUUUGAUACCUUGUUUGGUGGCAUAAAAGAAGAUGAGCUAAAUCGGCAUGAUGGAAGAAGAUCGGAUGGUUACCUAGAGCAUAUAUUUAAACACGCUGCCAAGGAGCUGUUUGACACUGAAGUGAAGGAGCUCACAUACAAAGUAUUAAAAAACAAAGACUUCCAGGAGGUUACCCUAGAAAAGGAUGGCGAGACAGUGCUACGUUUUGCAGCAGCAUAUGGCUUUCGAAAUAUCCAGAAUAUGAUCCUGAAGUUGAAAAAGGGAAAAUGUUCCUACCACUUUGUGGAAGUUUUAGCCUGUCCUGGAGGUUGCUUAAAUGGAAAUGGCCAGGCCCAGACUGAAGAUGGAAAACCAGAUAAAGUCCUGCUCAAGCAAAUGGAGGAUGUAUAUGCCACAGUUCCUGUCCAGGUUCCUGAAACCAACUGGCAUGUGCAGAAGCUUUAUCAGGAAUGGCUAGAAGGGAUGGACUCUAUUAAAGCCCAGGAAUCAUUGCAUACUAAAUACAGCAUGGAAAAACCAGCUGCCAACAGUUAUGAUAUCAAAUGGUGACCCAUCAGAUUAUAAGACUUGCAUCAGGGUUGAUGGACCUGCGGCACUGGCAUAACUAUGCUAUGCAACUGAGAUCAGAGGCACAAACGUGUGAAGCAUGCUCAGAACUGGAACUGCCCUUGUUCCCCCAUUGGGAUUGUGCAGAGUCCAAAUACAGCUGUUCUCAGUGUAAA